AUGCCUCGAAUAUCUACUGUGUUGAACCGGAUGAAGUGUUGCAUCCUGGGAUCGUGCCUAACGUUACUGGCGUGCCACAUCCUGUUUGUAGUGCUGAAGCGUCUCGUACUGAGCCACCCCGGCUCCAGCCUCAGGUUCAUACGGGAGAGAGACGGGAGUGUCUCCGGGUGUAGAGCAUCGGACACGUCUCACAGCUUGGAAAACCUGGCGGAAACAAAAUGGCUGCUUAAGAAUAUCCGGGACAUCAAACCGGCGAGUAUCAACACAGCCAUUGAGGACCCGGAUGUAAAACCUGUUGGUUGCGGUAUUUUCUUCUCUGCAGACUUAGAGCAGGUGACAAGGACUGGUGACUGUGUUACAACAAGAGUUUCAGUCAAGUCAGUCUUCAGCAACCUCUCUCACUACCUGGGAGAGAGCCACCUGAGGGAGAUCAAGACCCACUACCUGGACCGUGUGCUCGGUACCGGCCUGACCGUCCCAUCGUCCCUCGUCCUGCUGCCCUUCUCCGCGCUAGACAACGAACACGCCGCGGUCGUCAGGCAAGCUGUGGACUGCAACAUCAGCGACAAGACAGUCUUUCAGACAGGAGUGACUGCCUACGUGGCGAGAUGGGUACCAAACCUGGGCCCCUUCCCCAAGCUCACACCCAGCUUGGCCGACAGAAUGCAUCCUGACAACUUCUUCGCUUACGUGACGUUUCUGUACAUCGCCAACUGUAUGAAGUCUGGCUCCUAUGCCACCUCAGACGACCGUUACUACGUAAUGAUUGAUAAUGACCGUUGCCUGUUGCCGGAGAGGGUUUUAGCCCUGGAAGUCCCGCUUCACCACAAGAAACGGCUUACGAGGAUUGGCGAUAUCCUAUUCCGUGAUGGACACGUCUGUAGUACGCCGUCAUAUCUAAUUCACCACAUGCAGGCAGCCAACUCUCCCUCAUCACUGACCCCUAGCAUUGGGAGUCAACUGAGAAAAAUGGUUGCCGUGAAUGAGACCAUCUCUAGCCUUGUCUUGCGGGAAGACCCAGAGAUCUACGAAGAAACAGACGGCAGGGUGUUGACACUGCUCGCGGAGUACAAUCACCGUUGUAACGCAGGAGACGUCUCGAAGUACGACGGUGAAGUGUCCAAGGCCUUCAGAGAGUCUAGAAUCGUGAGCGGCUACCUCACUGACGAUAAGACACAGCAGAUCGCGGUGAAACUGGAAGAUGGUUUGACAGGUGUUGCGACCGUCGUCCGUCCCGGUGUCGGCACAGCUACUCCACAGCCAGCCCUCGCCGAACUAUUCGCCUACUAUGUAGACCGCCUGACUGGUAUCAACAGGAUGCCAACAGUCGUGUACCGCACACUGCGUCUAGACACGCCAGGGCUAACAAGCGUUGGAAUUUUGGAAGAUAACAAGACCAGCUUGAACCAUUUCCGAUUACAAUCGCAGUCUCGUAACGAAAGUACAACAGGUACCAAACAGAAACUAUCGCCUAACUUAGGUUCACAGGUACUGAACGUCGUCUUGGUCGGAAACAUGAUAGACUUUCACAGUGAGGCUAAUAUCCAUCAUGAGGGUAAUUUGAGAGGUUUCUUCCGCCAUGAGUCAAGUUUCAAACACAUGGAGAACUCCCGGCAGACCUUGCUGGAUAUGGCCGACAUCUUCCUGUUAGACUUCCUGGUACAUCGCCCUGACCGGAAACACUUCGGUAAGUCUGAACUCCGCCUGGUGUCGACAGGAGACGCUGAGGCCUGGUGGACUCACCCCAACAUCUCCGUCUGUUCCGCCAUCCUGAGAUGCCCGCCCGUGCUGUACGGGACAGACUGGAGCCGCCGGCCGGACAUGUGCAACCGAACAUGCGGGAAGGGCGUCAACACCUACCUCAGCAACUGUCGCUUGAGGGAAAGCACCGUGCAGCGGAUUAGAAGUGUACUGCAGGAGGGAUCAACGCUGGGAGAGAUGUUUCAGAGGGUGCUGAAGAAAGAGAAGGGUCUACCAAGUGUCAUUAAAGAGGAAGCAAAGGGAAUCAUGGGCGGACUUGACGCCAGAGUGGAAUACUUGAUGAGUUAUAUCAACAUGUGUGAAAAGGAGUACAAAAGAGAUGUUCUCCUGUAAGGAAAAAUAGCUACUCAGGAGUCAGAUGACGCGAAGACUUGAGUAUGAAAACGUACAUGAUUUUUGUCACGUUGGUAAAAACGGGGGUCACAGUUCAAGAAGAAACGUAACCGUUAAAUUUGCUAUCCUGUAGGAGUCGUGCAAAACAAGACAGAUAUCUGUACGUUUCACAUAUGAAAGGUUAGUUACCUGAUGUGAAACAAUAGAUAGAUGAGCUAGACGUGCUCAGCGUGCAAUCUUUAACAGGAAGAGAAACAUACGCCGUCACCAGUAUGUGAAAUGUUGUAUGUCUUAAUACAGCAAAAUACGCAUGGAGUAACUUUUUAAAGAUUACGUCGGUUCAAGGAGACUUUGAAUUCCUUUUCGGAAAAAGAGUAGAAAGUAGAAAGUUUGACAUAAAAGAAUUUCGUCUGAAAAAAAAUUGGACGAAAAUUGAUUCACUGUAUAGGAAAAGUCAGCAGCAUGAAAAUGAUACCUUGAACAAUAAUUCAUGUGAACAAUUAUUGAGUUGCGAAGUUAAAGGUAUGAGCGACGUUACGUCGUCUAUAUCAAACAAAAUAAUGUUUUCAUAUUCAAUGGAAACGAUGAUUUAUAAUAUAAUCUAAAAUCUACUUGAUUAGGAGCUCCGUCCUGACCCAUACACAAAUGUACUGCAUGUUGUUGUUGUAUGUUGGGAGGGAAACUAUCGUUUAUGAGAUAAAGUAGACAGCUGUGAUCCUGAUAUUUAUAUGUUUCCUCCGGGAAAUGUCUGGCUUUAAGAUGUGGACAAUGUUCCAUUCAUGAUGUUUCUAUGCAGUCGUGCUAUGCCAUUUAUAAAGCUUAUUGUAGGCUGAUAGUAUAUCAGAUUAUAUGCACAGAUAAGAGUUCCACCACAAUGGAAGAACCUGUGCACUAUUCAGACAAGGAGUUGGCAUCUUCAUAGUGAAACUUGCCAAUAAAAGAGCUCAAAAAGCAUGAUCAUUUUG